AUGGAAAUUUUACCAGAGCCUUGUGAUUGGAGUGAAUUUGAGAAAAAACAAAGGAGACUUGAAGAUACAGUUAGUGAAAAGAAUGAGAAAAAGUCGCUUUCAACUGAUAUGACAUCGUUAGAGCAAAGAACACUAAUUUCGAUUUCGUCUGAUGAGGAACAAACCACUGAUGCCGUGGAGGAAAUGUCUACUCAAAAUCGAAAUGGGUCUUUGCCAUCAGAAGGAACCAACUACUCCAGAAUGCAACCAGACACAAAUGAAACCACAAAAACGCUCACAACGGUCCCUUCCAAACAGAAAACCGAUGUUCCAAUCACACCCAAACCAAUUGAAAUUGCCUUCUCUAUAAAUCAACUGACAAAAAUGCAGGACCAAGUUAAGAAAGUACAUUCAGCAAUACCGACUACCAGCUUUACUAUAUUCUGUCCAACAUACAAUGUGAAUCCCGAAGGCAUCUAUCUCCCUAGUCCAAGUGCAUUUCCUUCCCAACCGCCAAUGAACCCAGAAUUUAGAGUGCCCCUCCCAAUUCCUCAGCCAUGUAUAAAAACUGUUCCAAUUAUUCUUACUAACCCUUCACUUGGUAGUAAUUGUAAUGAGAAACCAUCCACGUCACUUCAAGGAAGACGCAGUGGAUCGUCAUUAGAAGUUGAUAAGCCUCGCAGAAAAUAUAGAAGACGGUCAAAUGCCAAAGUUUGCGAUUCCUCAAAAGAACAGAUUCAGGAACCCGGGAAACGUACUGCCGUGACCCGGCCAAAACGCCCAUGCAAAUCCAGACAAGUUUCAACACUAACUACAGUCUCUGCUAUGUCCGGUGUGAAGGACGGUGGUUUAGCUGAUGAAAGUGACUGCUGUUUCAGAAAAUCCUUGUCGUGCCUUCCAGAUGCCUCAUGUUCACUUCAGGAGUUUUCUGCUGACUGUCCAAAGUGUGUCGCAUACGCUAAACAAGUUGGGACGCUUAUUAAACGUCUAACAGCCAUUGCAAACACCCCUAAUGAUAUUAUAAGUAUUUUUGAGCUUAAACAACUGCUCGUUGAAAUGGAUAACCAAAAUUUCACAGCAAUUAUGAUUAAAUUGUUGGAGGCAUUUCCCAGAGAAAUGGUAAAGCAUAUAACCGCUUAA